CCAGCAACCCCGGGCACCAACUGCAUCUCUACCCAACCUCCAGCGUCCAAGAAAGUAAAAAAGCUAACCAUCCCAAACCGGAAACCCCGUGACUAAUCGAGCAACAAUAACUAGCCUAAGGCAUCAAGACAUCACCCAUCCUCUCCAGGCACCAAGACAUCAACUAACCGCAGCCAACUUCUGCCUCAGGCACAAAAUGACUAAUCACACGUGACCCGGCGGAAGUCGGCUUCAGAAACGGACCUUGACGAUAUGCAAUUCCCUGCUCCGACACAGGAAUUGCCCUCGAUCAGGAUCUCUCGGCGGCCAAUUGCAGUGUUCCACUGAAACCGAACUACACUCGCCUCUUUCCCCUCUCUCCGGUCCACCAAACAAUACCAAAGACAGCUUCGGCUGAAGGAAGUCACGGACACACGAAACCCGAUAUCCGCACAUCAUGGGCGCCGGCAGCUCUAAGCCCGCGGCUCCGGCCGACUCGAAGCACGUUUUCUCGAGCUCCUCCCCCGUCCAAUUCUCCGCCAACUUCGUUGACGGCCUCCAGUCCAACACCGAGACCGACUCCGCACGCGCCCGCUCCCUCGAACUCCAAAUCCAAGAGCGCGUAGCCCAAGAACUCGAGCGCCUUCGUGCUCGCGAACAGCAAACGCUGGCCGAGAUCGAGAAGAAGCUUGCCGAAGCCAAAGACGUCUCUUCUUCGACACCCGCGCCCAGCCACGCUCCCAGCAGUGGGGGUGCGGCCUCCUCCUACUACCCACCCGGAUCUCUGGAUCUGGAUGCGCCCCGGAUCCCGUUCGCGGGGCGGGAGAGCUACUUCGCGACUGCUGCUGCUGCUCCGGCGGUUGAGGCGGCGCAGCAGCCGAUCAACCGGGAACUGUCGCGGGAGAGCGUGAACAGUGAGAUUGAGGAGUUGAGGGCGAAGUUGGAGGGACGGAAGAAGUUGGUUGAGAUUGAUGCGGGGAUUGAGAAGGCUAGAUCGGAGGUGGUGAGUUGUUUGAGGUUGAAUGAUCGGAGGCCGUUGGAUUGUUGGAAGGAGGUUGAGGCGUUUAAGAAGGAGGUUGCUAGGUUGGAGGAGGGGUUUGUGGAUCGGAUUGUUGGGUAGAUGAUUUAUUUAUUUAUUCCAUAGGGAUAUAUUGAUAGAGAGGUGAGGUAUAGUGGUGUGUAAGUGUGUGUUUGUUCGACUGUUGCUGCUGCUGCUGCCGAGUCAUCAAUCCCGGUUUGUGCAUGUGUGUAUAUGUAUACCUAGCUUGCUAGAGAAGGUUACUGGUUUCUGUUUUC